GUCGAUCGAGGUAAAAGGUGAAGGCUCAAGAAAAAGCUAAAGGAGCUGUAUUGGUAACUCGAUGGCCGGUGCAGUUUUAAUCCGACAUUCUUCGUCGCAUGACGCGUUUUGUGUAUGCUGACUUUCACUAUCGAGACCGUUUUCGUUUUCGAACGGACGAAAUUGUUUCAUCGGCGCUAUUGGUAGAAUAUAAAAAAUGCAAAGAGAUAAAUGCGAUUUUUUUCGACGGGAAAGCGUCGCGUUCCUUUGCUGUUAUUUGUAUUUAAUCAAUUUCGUUAUCACUGGUAUUUCAGCGCAGCAAUCAAAAAGUCGAAAAAAGGAGCCCGAAUCUAUAUCGGAUUUAUUUAACACGACUUCCUGUAUUCCGAAACCGUACAGGUGCCCCCAUAAGCAAAUACAAUUUUUUCUAUAUACAAGGCGAACUCAGCAGAACCCCGAACUCAUCGAUACGACUAAAGAAGAAUCUCUGUUUAAUACUCAAUUUAAUAGAGCGUAUCCCACGAAGGUAGUGAUCCAUGGCUUCGGCGGAGGUAGAAUGUUUGCACCCAGCACUGAUAUGAGGGACGCAUAUUUUUAUAGAGGAAAUUACAACGUUAUUAUAGUUGAUUACGGGACACUCGUCAAGGAACCCUGCCUUAAGCAAAUGGCGUGGGCUCCGAGGUUUUGCGCUAAAUGUAUAGCCCAAUUAAUAGAUUACUUAUCCCGGCAUCCUCGAGGAGUGAAGGCCGAUGAUCUCCAUUUAAUUGGAUACAGCAUAGGAGCGCACAUCGGCGGUUUGGUAGCAAAUUACUUAAAUCCAGUUAAACAUGGCAAAAUCGGACGAAUUACAGGUUUGGAUCCGACGAUAUUUUUCUACAUGGGUACGAACAAUUCAAGGGACCUGGAUCCCACAGACGCUCAUUUCGUGGAUGUCCUUCACACAGGAGCAGGCGUUUUGGGCCAAUGGGGUCCUUCAGGACACGCCGAUUUCUACAUUAACGGAGGUUCUAGUCAGCCGGGGUGCCGAAGUGAUACAAUUUUCAAUACUUUAGCCUGUGAUCACACGAAAGUGACGCCAUAUUUCAUAGAAUCCAUAGUAUCCAGGAAAGGAUUUUGGGCCUAUCCCUGCCCUACCCUCCUAAGCUUUAUGAUAGGCUGGUGUACACCGGAUGAUAACGAAUACGUGCUCAUGGGCGAACAUGUCACUCAUAAAGCGAGGGGAAUAUAUUACGUAAAAACGAACCCAAAACCGCCUUAUGCUCUGGGUCCACCAGAUCAUUUGAAAGCAAACGCCUUGAAGUACAUAAGAAACCUAGCGAGAACGAGGUGACACGUCCAGUAGAUAAAUUUUAUUAGGAGGACUUUAGCAGAGGAAUAAUUAAAGAGCUUCAUUUUUCCCUUGGAUUUAUGUAAAUAUAAUUCUAUUCGUCCUGAUUCGGUGAUUUGUAUUUAUUUUUUAUAGAAAUCAUUUUGUGUUUUUUUGUAAUGAUUUUAAUGAAAACACGCCUAGUCAAAAAUAAAUAGCUGUAGCAGGCAUAUUAUGUCUUUA